AUGGAGUUUGCCACUAGCAUUGCUGAGAACGUCCUGGAAAGGCUAGCUUCCUAUGCUUCCCAAGAGGUCUCUUUGGCAUGGGGUGCCCAACUUGAGCUCACAAAGCUCACGAAGACUUUAUCCACCAUCAAUCUAGUGCUUCAGGAUGCAGAGAAGAAGCAAGUGAAGAAUCUCCUAAUCACUCAUUGGUUGGGAAAGCUCAAAGAUGUUUGUUACGACGUCGAUGAUGUCCUUGACGAACUGGAGUUCCGAAAGCUGCGGAAGAAAGUGCUGGCCAACAACCAUGGGCGUGUCAAAGGACAGGUACGCCACUUUUUUUCGCGUUGGAAUCCAACAGUGUUUAACUUCAAAAUGGGACAUAAGGUGAAAGAGAUUAGAGAACGACUUGUUGAAAUUGAUAAUGAAAAGAGACAAUUUGCUCUGGUUGAGGUGCCUAAGAUAGCUGAAGAUCAUAGUGUGCCCCAAGGGAUGCAAUACAAUCAAAGAGAAACUGAUUCCUUGGUAGAGGCUUCAGAAGUUAUUGGGAGAGAUGAUGAUAAAGAGCUAAUUUUUAGUCAUCUCUUACAUGACACUGAUAUCUCUAAUGAGGAGAAUGUUUCUGUUAUUUCAAUCCUUGGGAUGGGGGGGUUGGGUAAGACAACUCUGGCUAAAUUGGUGUACAAUGAUAGCGUGGUAGAGGAGAAUUUUGAGGUGAAAAUGUGGGUAUGUGUCUCAGAAAACUUUGAAGUCAAAUCAUUAAUUCUCAAGAUUAUCAAUGCUGCAACUGAUCAAAAAUGUGAGGAUGAAAGUUUGGACCGUAUGAAAAGAAGGUUGCAAGAUACUUUGAGAGGUAGAAAGUUUUUGUUAGUGUUAGAUGAUGUUUGGGAUACGGAGUCUAUUGGAGUAACACCAGAAAAAUGGUUGGGUUUAAAAAGUCUGUUAUGUGUGGGAGCUAAUGGAAGUAGAAUCCUCGUAACAACACGAAAUAGAUCAGUUGCUUUACUUGUGAAUCCCUUGUACAUGCAUUCUUUGAAAGGUCUUCCUCACAAAAAGUGCAUGUUCUUGUUCAUCAAAAGGGCAUUCAAGAAAGGAGAGGAGCAACGCUAUCCACACUUGAUAGGAAUUGGAGAGGAUAUUGUGAACAAGUGUGGAGGAGUUCCUUUAGCUGUAGCAACUCUAGGGAGCAUGCUCUAUUUGAACAGAGAGCCAGACCGAUGGUUGAGUGUGAGAGAUGAUGACAUGUGGAGUAUAGGAAAUGACAAUAUUCUACCUGCACUCAAAUUGAGCUAUGAUGCAUUGCCACAACACUUGAAACCAUGUUUUGCAUUUUGUUCACUUUUCCCAAAGGAUUUUGAAUACUAUAGUGAGUCACUGGUUGACCUGUGGGUAGCACAAGGCUACCUCAAAACAUGUAAAAAAAAUGAAGAUCUUGGUAAAAUGGGUAUGGACUAUAUAAGACAGUUCUGCUCUAGAUCAUUGUUUCAAGUUGAAGGCGAUUUCAAAACCAUUAUGAUAUUUAAAAUGCAUGAUCUAGUUCAUGAUAUAGCAAUUUCGGUGGCACAAACAGAGUACUCCACAGUCAAUUUUCGUCCCUCUAGUGCUUUUGAAAUGGUUCGACAUGUGUCAAUAUCCGACAAAGACUUGCUUGGACAAGAAGCACAAGUGCCUGAUUUCAUAUUCAAGUCAACCAAAUUGCGUUCCUUUCUAAUUCCAUCUAGAGCUGGCAAGAUGAUGAAUCAACGUUUUGUAAAGACAUGCAUCUCGAGAUUCAAAUAUAUGCGGGUGCUAGAUCUCAGUGGGUGGCCCCUUGAGAAGCUACCAAGUUCCAUUGGUAGUUUGUUUCAUCUGAGAUUUCUCGAUUUGCGUUCCAAUGAUAAGAUAAAAAGGCUUCCGAACUCCAUCUGUAAUUUACUGAAUUUGGAGUCCUUGAACAUUGGUAUGUGUACCGCACUUGAGGAGAUACCCAAAGACAUAGGGAACCUGAUCAACCUCCGAAGCUUGGUGAUAACUACACAGCAGAAGUAUUUGCCAAAAGGAAUUAGUCGCCUCACUUCAAUCCAACUUUUAUAUUUUGUUGGAUGUGACAAUCUGAUGACUUUGGGGGAAGAGAUCCGAUUCCUCACUAACCUUCGUAAAUUGAUGAUUACCAAAUGUGAAAAUUUGGAAUCCUUGCCACCAAAUAUGAAACUCUUGACCGCUCUGCAUGUGCUUUAUAUAGAUGAGUGUAAAAAGCUUGAUUUGAUGAAAACCAGAGAAAGCCCUCAAGGUCUUAGAUUAUUUGCGUUCUUCACUUCAGAUUUGGAGGUUUUGCCUCCCUGGCUUGAAGAUUCUGCAAAAGUUUUGCAAAGCAUAGUAGUCAAGGAGUGUCAUAAUCUGACUGAACUUCCGGAAUUGCAAAAAUUUACAUUCCUCGAGCAACUAGUGAUUGAACGUUGUUCCAAUUUGUCAGCUUUACCGCAAGGGUUACAUCGCCUCACUGAGUUGAGAGAAUUGAAAAUUCAAGAUUGUCCCAAACUGAGCAAGAGCUGCAAAAGGCAAUUAAAAGGUGAGGAUUGGUCAAAGUUCGCACGUGAGGCUAAGAUUGUACUCGACUCUGAUGUGGAUACAGACGAAGAGGAAGACAAAGAUGAAGGUGCUUUCGAUGAUCACAAUGCUAUCUCAAGUGAUAAUGAGAUCUCCAGAGUUGCAACAGAACUGCAGCUAGAUAUACAGACAUUUGAGAUACUCUUUGGCACAUAUGAAGUUCGACAAGGGAAAAUGGUUAGCUUCCAGGUUGAGGAAAGGUGGUUCCGUUGGGAUAUCUACCGUGUAGUGAGGCCAAAGGCCACACUGGCUAUUUGA